AUGGAUGGUGCAGGGGUAGCUGACGACCUGGCUUCGCUCACCACGGCUGUGGUGGCGGGCGACGAAGAUAGAGUGCAGCAGCUGCUCAGCCAAGGGUGCGACAUCAACCGGAGGGGCGAAGGCAGGCCACUCCUCGUGGCGGUCAAGUGCGAGAACCUGGCCAUUGCGCAGCUGCUCAUCGAUCAUGGUGCUCGCUCCAUGAAGCACCGCAAGCGAUCAGAGCUGCAUGCGCUGGCCGAGGUGCAAAGCGGACCAUUCCCUCGCCAGGAGCCCACCACUGGUGGCUCUGGGUGGCUCACGCCGUCGCCCUCACCUUCGCCACCAGUUGCUUCGGUCCAGCUGUGGCAGCUACUGAUGAAUGCUGGAGCGAGCCCCUGUGACCGUAAUGGAGUGACCCCAUUUCACUUGGCCUGCGCGAGGGGCAACUGGCCCGUGGUUCAGUUCCUCUUCCAAGAGUGCAGGCGUGUGAAUGUCAACAAGGCCGACAAGAAGAACGAAACGCCACUCCACCACGCAGCCCGAGGUGGUCACGAGGCAAUGGUGUCUCUGCUUCUCGACCAUGGGGCCUAUCCGCUCGCUGUGGGCAAGCAAGGCACUGUGUCGGACGUGGCCAGACAAGCAGGACACAUGGCCCUGGCGCGGUUCAUAGAGGAGCGCGGAUACCAAGCGUGUCCCAUGCUGUUCAUGCCCUUCGACGUGCUGGCGCACGUCAUGGCCCAGCUCGACCCGUACGACCUGUGCCUCGUCGCACAAACCUGCACGACGUUGAACGAAGUGAGCAGCGCCAACUGUGUGUGGCAGCGCUUCGGCGAUUCGCGGUGGGCGAGCAGCAGCAGCAGCGUGGCCAAAGGAGGAGGAGGAGGAGCACAAUGGUCGUGGAAGGGACGCUACAUGACCUGGCUGCGGCCUCGCCUCCAGACUUAUGCACAAGCACAACGAGCGGCGCACCAACACAAAGCUACGCCGAACGUAGCACAAUACGACUACCUCUUCAAGUUCGUCAUCACUGGCGACUCAGCGGUGGGCAAGACGUCGCUCCUCUACCGGCUCACCGACAACGUGUUCUCCACCGGCUGGCUGACGAGCAUUGGCGUUGACUUCAGGAUCAAGACGAUCGACCUCCAGGGGCUGCGCAUCAAGCUUCAAGUGUGGGACUCGCCUGCCUACCCGCGCACGUCGAAUAUGGCAAGGAUGUACUACCGCUGCGCCUCGGUGAUGGUGGUGUACGACAUCACGUCCCGGGAGUCCUUUCACAACGUACGCAAGUGGGUGGCCACGUUCAUGGAGAAUUGCACGAGCGACGAUGGCCAGUCGCCAGUGUUCUUGAUCGUGGGCACCCAGAACGAUCUGGUGGCGCGGCGGUGCGUGUCGCCCGAAGAGGGCCAAGCGCUGGCGCAAGAGCUGGGCGCCGUCGGAUGGCAUGAAGUGAGCAGCUUGAACGGGAGCGGAGUGGUCGAAGCCUUCACCCACCUGGCCGAGGUCACGCUGACCAGGCGCCAGCCAUUCGCUUGCCAUCAUGGGUGCCAUGUGCCCUCCGAGGUGCUGCUGCAGCGGCUCUACGCACAAUCCAGCACCUGGCGCAAGGCCGCAGCCGCCGCACAGGCCGCCGCUGAAGCACAGACCUCGGCCACAGUACGGUGCCUGCUCCAGUGA